CGUUGUCUUCUCUUGCUCUUCAUCAAUGGCUCUACCUCUCCGUUGCUCCCUUCAUACUCCUCCUCCAUCGCUACCUCCCUCUUUUCCUUCUUCUUCUUCUUCGCACUCGCUUCUCAAAUUCUCACCCCCAAAUUCCCUCAAAUUUACGCUCCCUGCCCUCCGUCCCCGCUCUAACAACCACCGCCUGUCACUUUCUUCCUUGACCGCCUCCGCCUCCCUCUCCGCCGUCGAUUCUCCCGAAUCAUCCCAUAUCCAAAACGAGAAGAAGCUCCUCCUCGAAGUCAAAGGCCUCACCGCCGUCAUUGCUGAAUCCAAACAACAAAUUCUCAAAGGCGUUAACCUCACAAUCUAUGAAGGAGAGGUUCACGCAAUUAUGGGAAAGAACGGUUCCGGAAAGAGCACAUUGGCCAAGGUUCUUGUUGGGCAUCCGGAUUACGAAGUGACAGGAGGGAGUGUAGUGUUCAAAGGGGAGAGCUUGGUGGAGAUGGAACCGGAGGAAAGGUCGCUUGCGGGGCUCUUUAUGAGCUUCCAAUCCCCAGUUGCCAUUCCUGGUGUCAACAAUAUUGACUUUCUCAAUAUGGCUUAUAAUGCUCGGAGAAGAAAACUUGGUCUGCCUGAGCUUGGACCUAUUGAGUUCUAUGGUUACAUUUUUCCCAAACUUGAACUUGUGAAUAUGAAGGCAGACUUUCUUAAUAGAAAUGUAAAUGAAGGAUUCAGUGGUGGCGAAAGGAAGCGGAAUGAAAUUUUACAACUUGCAGUUCUGGGUGCAGACUUGGCUAUCUUGGACGAAAUUGAUUCUGGACUGGAUGUUGAUGCACUUCGAGACGUAGCAGCUGCAGUGAAUGGGCUUUUGACUCCAAAGAAUUCCGUCUUGAUGAUUACUCAUUAUGCAAGACUUUUGAAUAUCAUAAAGCCUACAUAUAUACAUGUUAUGGAGGACGGGAAAAUCUUGAGGACAGGAGACAGUUCGAUAGCAAAACUUUUGGAGGAUGAAGGGUAUCAAGCAAUUUCUGCAGUGUAACUGCAUGGAAAUUGAUUUCGGUUCCAUGCAUCGAAAAGAAGUGAUGAUUGAUUUGUAACCACUGAGGUCCAAGUUUUAGUAGCAGGCAAUCAAUGUUUCACUCUUGGGGUUGGCUCUUGUCAAAUUAUGUGCCUCACCACGCUUCCUUUACACUUAUUAUACCUCAAAUUUAGUGGUUCCUACUUGGUAGGUUUCCUAUUUGAAAGGCUCUUGGAAGCUUAUUGCAACGGUGUGUGAGGAUUGGAGCUCCUGCUUGUAGUUUUGAGAUCAGUAAAAAGAACGGCCUUUUGUCUGAUUCUUGCAGUCUCACAUGUUUAAUUUUAAUAGAUAUUUGUGAAACCAGUAUAUUUUUUUGCAUGUACUACAUACAGUUGAUUCUGUAAUCAUUCUAUAAAUACCAAGGACUAUAAUCCUCUCAAGUAUUUGAUUU